AUGACCAUGAAGAACAGCAAACCGAUUGCUCUGGAUCGGCGCGAUAUUCACUCCCUGCUGGAUCUGAUCGGUGGCUUCGGUGCCGUAGUCGCCGUGGGGAUCAUUGCCAUGCUGUCUGUGUGCGCCGCGUUCUUCAUUUACCGAUCCUUUAGAGGUCAGCGCGGGAAGGGCGACGAGAAUAACGGGAACGAAACGGCUGAAGCAACGGUUGAAGGGAGCUCUGCUCGGAGGUGGAAAAGAGAGGGGGGUGAUGAUCGACCUACCGAGUCAACAGGAGAAUGUCAGGAUGGAAAGCAGGAGUGUUGCAGCGAAUCCAGUAACCUCUCAGACACAGACAACAUGCUCCUUUCUACUGAGAUAUCAGAGAAAGACCUGAAUGAAAGCACUCUCAAGGACUUGGAGGAUAUUACAGAUGAGCUUCUAACGGACUUAGAACCUGAAAUGCGAGACAAAACGGAUUCUGAUCUGGAUCAGUGUGUAGAAAUGGAUCCUGAAGAAAACACGGUAUGUGAGGAUCAUAUUCAGCACGAGGAUGAUGAUGAUGGUGGUGGACGUGAGGUUUUGGCUGAUGUGAGUGUACGAUCGACGCAAUUAGAUUGCCAACGUGAGGAUAUUGAGGAAUAUCUCGACAAAUCUGAGACGGGACUGAGUGGAGACACAGAUGAACCAUCUGAAACCGAAAGCGCCCAGGAGAUCAUUUAUCAGAGACAUCAACUUCAUGUCACUACUCAGAGCAGUUCUUCUUCAGACCAAACGGUUAAACCAUCCAAUAGUAAGAUCCUAUUAGAGGAAGACGAAAAGAUGUCAACAGUGGAGGAAGCGAAUAAGAAGUCUGAAGAUAACCAUGAUUGGCGUUUUCCACGAACAAAUAACUUUGAUUGCUGUUGCUAUGAUAAUAAGUCUAUGGUCAACCACAGCAACAGGUUCGACUUCCACAACUACUUGGGCUUCCACCCUGAUAAUACCUUCCUUGUUGGGUCUUCAACACAGGUGAGCCUCUCACACGAGUCUGGUGAGAAGAAAACCAAUGAAGAUAGUACGUCAAUGGAGAAGAAACUUGAAAAGAAUGAGAUUAGCAUCAUGGAUGCCAUUAUGGACAAUAACGAGUGGCUAAAUGUAGGGGCACCAGAGUUCAGAGAUCUUCCCUGGCUUACGCCAACUGCAACCAGCACUGAAGAAAAACAGACACAAUUUGGAAAAGAAGGGCAAGUCAAGACUGCUUUAGCCAAAGAGGACGAAGAACUGGCGAAUAAAAGAGUAGCGACUGUUCCGCCUUUAUCGCAAGUGGUUAACGUAACCUUCAGGAUUCACUACAUCACAUACUCUCCUAGCCAGCUGGUGGCUGUUACCGGGAGCCUUCAGGAGUUGGGGGCCUGGGAGAGUUUCAUUCCACUCCACAGAGCCAAGGACGGGUUCUGGGCCAACACUAUCACCCUCCCUGUGGAGAGCCAGAUGGAGUGGAAGUUCGUCCUGGUGGAAGAUGGAAGGAUCUCUCGCUGGGAGGAGUGUGGAAACCGCUAUCUCUAUUUAACAAGCCAAGAUGAAGAAGUCUAUCUUGACAAGUGCUGGGGAUGUUGCUGAACUCAGAGGUGACUAUCUACGAACACUCUUAAAAAUAAAGGUUCUUUAUAGGCAUCUAUGGUUCCGUGAAGAACCAAAACAUCCGUGGAACCUUUCCUGUUCAACGAAAGGUUCUUUGAGGAACCCAAAAUGAUUCUUCCAUGGCAUUGCUGCAAAAAUCACCUUGAAAGGCCUGUUCACACUGAGAACGAUAACUAUAACGAUAACUACAUUAACAUCCAGCGCACACCAUCGUUCUGUUUAUUAUAAGCACGUGCUGCAGUUAUGUCUUCCAAUGCUUUAAAUGCUCGAGCUCUUAUAGCAGAAUCGAUUCUGAUUGGCUCAAUGAUUUUAUCAUUCAACAACUGAAAAAAAAUUGCUCGGAAAUUGAUUCCAACAAUAUUGUUUGUCUGUGCCGUUAUAGUUGUGGACUCUGCUAUUCUUUUAUAUUUAGAUUGAUUUUUAGAACUAUAUCUUUAUCAUCAUAGUUAUCGUCCUUGGUGUGAACAAGCCUUUAGAACCUUUAUUUUUAAGACUGUAGGGCUGCACGAUUAAUCAAAAAACAAAGUUUAAUUGCAAUAUCACUGCACUAAAACUGCUUUACAUGAACUCCAUCUCUGAAUCACAUGCUCUGAGUUUGGAUCGCUUUAACGUGCAUAUGGGAAAGCAACAUGCACCAAAAAAAUUUUCACAUACUUGUAAAGAGAAGCGCUUAUCAAUAAAAGAGAAACUUUAAGUGCUCCUUGCAGUUUUCCUUCAAAAUAAAAGUUUGAUGGUUUAAAUAUUAAAAAUAAAAAAUGAAGACAGCCAUAAAUAUUAGUAUUGUAAUUUUAUGGUUGUAAAUUAAAAUGAUUUAUAUUAUAUUAUAUUAUUUUUC